AUGAACAAAUAUCAUAUUAUCAUCAUUGCCAUUGAUGAUAAAAACAACACCAUCGAUGAUAGUGACUCUGGUGGCAGGAUCACCACCAUCGAUGACAGUGACUCUGGUGGUGGGAUCGACACCAUCGAUGACAGUGACUCUAGUGGUAAGAACAACAAGAUCGAUGAUAGUGACUCUGGUGGCGGGAUUGGCACCAUCGAUGACAGUGACUCGGGCGGUAAGAACGACACCAUCGAUGACAGUGACUUGGGCGGUAAGAACGACACCAUCGAUGACAGUGUCUCUGGUGGCGGGAUUGACACCAUCGAUGACAGUGACUCUGGUGGCGGGAUCGGCACCAUCGAUGACAGUGACUUGGGCGGUAAGAACGACACCAUCGAUGACAGUGACUUGGGUGGUAAGAACGACACCAUCGAUGACAGUGUCUCUGGUGGCGGGAUUGACACCAUCGAUGACAGUGACUCUGGUGGUAAGAACGACACCAUCGAUGACAGUGACUCUGGUGGUAAGAACGACACCAUCGAUGACAGUGACCCUGGUGGAGGGAUCGACACCAUCGAUGACAGUGACUCGGGCGGUAAGAACGACACCAUCGAUGACAGUGACUCUGGUGGCGGGAUCGACACCAUCGAUGACAGUGACUCGGGCGGUAAGAACGACACCAUCGAUGACAGUGACUCUGUUGGCGGGAUCGGCACCAUCGAUGACAGUGACUCGGGCGGUAAGAACGACACCAUCGAUGACAGUGACUCGGGCGGUAAGAACGACACCAUCGAUGACAGUGACUCUGUUGGCGGGAUCGGCACCAUCGAUGACAGUGACUCAGGUGGUAAGAACGACACCAUCGAUGACAGUGAUGCUGGUGGUAAGAAUGACACCAUCGAUGACAGUGACUCUGAUGGUAAGAACGACACCGUCGAUGACAGUGACUCUGGUGGUAAGAACGACACCAUCGAUGACAGUGACUCUGGCGGUAAGAACGACACCAUCGAUGACAGUGACUCUCUGGCUGAGAAAAAUUACUCUGAUAGUGCUGAUGGAGAGAAGUAUGGCAAGGACACCCACGAGGUCUUUAUGGUGACCGGGACCCGCGUCGAGGUCAACACCACCACCAACAAUCUCACUAUAGAUGGCUCAGACACUCUCAUCCACACCAAGGUGGUCGAUAUCCAGCCUAAAGGUGCAAAGGAGAACUCAACUACCAUAAAGUACAGUCGGUCACCUCAACCAAACAUGUUGGACUCCACACCACAACCAUACAAGUUUUCACACCACACCUCUGGUGGCGGGAUUACCACCAUCGAUGACAGUGACUCAGGUGGUAAGAACGACACCAUCGAUGACAGUGAUGCUGGUGGUAAGAAUGACACCAUCGAUGACAGUGACUCUGAUGGUAAGAACGACACCGUCGAUGACAGUGACUCUGGUGGUAAGAACGACACCAUCGAUGACAGUGACUCUGGCGGUAAGAACGACACCAUCGAUGACAGUGACUCUCUGGCUGAGAAAAAUGACUCUGAUAGUGCUGAUGGAGAGAAGUAUGGCAAGGACACCCACGAGGUCUUUAUGGUGACCGGGACCCGCGUCGAGGUCAACACCACCACCAACAAUCUCACUAUAGAUGGCUCAGACACUCUCAUCCACACCAAGGUGGUCGAAAUCCAGCCUCAAGGUGCAGAGCAGAACUCAACUACCAUAAAGUACAGUCGGUCACCUAAACCAAACAUGUUGGACUCCACACCACAACCAUACAAGUUUUCACACCACACCUCUGGUGGCGGGAUUACCACCAUCGAUGACAGUGACUCAGGUGGUAAGAACGACACCAUCGAUGACAGUGAUGCUGGUGGUAAGAAUGACACCAUCGAUGACAGUGACUCUGAUGGUAAGAACGACACCGUCGAUGACAGUGACUCUGGUGGUAAGAACGACACCAUCGAUGACAGUGACUCUGGCGGUAAGAACGACACCAUCGAUGACAGUGACUCUCUGGCUGAGAAAAAUGACUCUGAUAGUGCUGAUGGAGAGAAGUAUGGCAAGGACACCCACGAGGUCUUUAUGGUGACCGGGACCCGCGUCGAGGUCAACACCACCACCAACAAUCUCACUAUAGAUGGCUCAGACACUCUCAUCCACACCAAGGUGGUCGAAAUCCAGCCUCAAGGUGCAGAGCAGAACUCAACUACCAUAAAGAUAACGCAAAUCGGUGGGCAGCCGCUCCAUGUGGAAAACAUUUCCUCGUACCACAGGAAGGAAGAGGAGUCAAUACCUGGACGUGAGAAGAAGGAGCCAACGCAGGAAGAGACCUGA